ACGAAUGCGUAUGGUUUGAUUUUCUCUCAUUUAUUUUUGGGGUUAAGCGAGUACAUAAAUGUUUUUCAGACAAUUUAUAUAAAAGACCGGCUAAAAUUUUUCACUUGCAUGUGUGUGUUCAUCUGCUCUCGGUGUUAUACAUAAAAUUUGCAUGUUAAUGAUGUUAUCGAGAUGACCGAUGCAACGAAUUUGAAGCCGUCAUGCAUCUGUGACUGUGGUCAAUGAUCAUUUCAACGCAAAUGAACAAUUUUAAAAUGAUAUUUACAAAAGAAAAACGAAUCAUGUCAAUCGUAUGUACAAUGCAGUCAUUUUCUCUCACUCACGUGCUGCUGGUUUUUAAGUCAACGCAUACGUUUCGCGUGCUUGGAAAUGGUGUGCAGUUUAGUUUGUUUUGGGCACUCGUCGAAUGUACAAGCUGUACAGCGGUUUACUUGAAAAUCAUUACAUUUAGUUCGCUUUUAGUCUCAUGGAAAUUUGAUUAAAAAAUCCGUAAGUUUGAGAAAAUCAGUGGCGCUGGCAGUGAUUGAUUUAUUUUGAAUAAGAAGAUUGUGAAAAUGUUCGAAUUAAUUUGAUUACGGGUGAAAAACGGUAAAAAAGUAGUGCGAUACGGCAAUCAACGAUAGCUUCUUUUUCUCAACGCAUUUUUUUGUUGUUGCUGGGAAUACCAAUUUGUGUGUUUAAAAUUCAAGUGGACACAUACGAUAUGACCAUAAAUCACACGAUACACAAGUGUCUGAUGCGCUUAAGGUCUUUUCAAUUUGAGCUGUUAUUUAUUUGGUGUUUUUGUUCGAUACUCCUUGUGCAUACUGAUUCACACUAUCAUCGAGAUUUUGGGGAUAUCACAACGGCCCGUGGUGUUUACUAUACGUUUGGAUUAAAAUUGAACAAUUCGAAGAGCUUGCGUAGUCAUGCAGAUCGGCCGAAUCGACAUUCAAUCAACCAAUUGAAAAAUCAAAUAAAAUUCAUUUUGAAUUUACACACAAAAAAUGAAUCCAUCGACAAAUACAUUAUCGAAUCGUUUAACGUAUUCAAUCCGGAUCCGUUGUAUAUUUUUGUGCUGCCGGACGGUUCAAAUCGAACGAUAGCUUUUCGUCGCAGCAAUUUUUCCGAUAUUUCAUUUCCAAACACAACAUCACUGCAAACCAUACAGACAAUUUUAAAAUCAUCAAAGUAUGCACACCUAUUUCCAAGCCCAGAAGAAAUGGCCGCCAAACAGAUGGCUUUAAAUGAUAAAUUUUUUACAAAGUACAAUCAAUUUAUGUCCGAUGAAAAAGAUCUGUUUGAAAGCGAAAGUUUGAAAAUUGUCGAGGAAAAUGUUCGAACCGAAAAAAGUUUCUUCAAAUUUAUGGACAAAUUAAACGAUCAGGUUAGCAAUGAUGAAGCUUCAAUCGAAGAUAGUGGCGAACAGACACCAUUAGAUUCAAAGCACGCUUCAAGCGACUAUCAAGCGUUGAUCAGAAAUAUUCAUUCCAAAGACCAUGUUGGAAACUAUGAACUGGCCAAAGAUAAAAAAGAACAGAAAAUUGCUUGGCCGGCACACGAAAAAUUAUCUUGGGAUGACUUUGGAUUACACGGCUGGAUUGGAAAUAUUCAUGAACAACACGACAAUCCACACGAAAAUGGGCGACCAAUGCGUAUUGAGUUAUCCAACAGUGCGCUGCGACAGGAAAAUUUAUUCCCCAAACAAUUCGUACCAAUUUUAGCAAACUAUGAUCCAUUGGCACUCUUAACAUCGACCACCACCACGUUUAAGCCGCACUCAACUCCAAAACAUGAUAAAAACAAACACUGGCCACAUCCCGUCCAUCAUUUUACAUUCGUCGAACACAACAAUCCGACCAACUUCCAUGUGUCUCAACGACCAAGACCGCCUCCAAUAAUCCUUUCCUCCAUGCAUCAACCCACACAGAAUCCGGUUAAACUUUUUGCACCGGCACCCUCUUAUUUGCCACCCACAAAGACACCAUCGCCAAAUUCUCAUCGCAAGCCAUUCAAAUUGGAUAAUGCAGAAGGAAGUUGGGACGUUAAGUUUAAUAUUUCGAAAGAGCUAUUGGAUUUGUUGACCUUUGAGAAGAUUAAACUGGAAAAUUUCACUAAUACGCUCGGCACAAAAUCCAAAUGGGUGGUUACCAGUUCGCGCCUUAAUCAUCGAGAUGGGGAUGUAUUCGUUGGAAGAGCCAAUAAUCCGUUUGGUCACUCUACUAAAUGGCAACUAAGUAUUGCAUCACAAAAUGAUGUCUCGAAAGAUGAAACGAAUGACGAUGGCCGACAAAAACGCGAUGUGAUCGAUUUGUAUUCGAUGGUAAAAUGUGCAACCGGUUGUGAUCCGCUAAUUUUUAAGGGUUAUGGUUGUUACUGUGGAUUUCUGGGCAGUGGCAAAGCGUUGGACGGGAUCGAUCGAUGCUGCAAAAUGCACGACUACUGCUAUCACGCAGCGAAUUGCCCCAAAUUCUUAGAGUAUUUCGUGCCAUAUUUGUGGAAAUGUUACAAGGGUCGACCAUUGUGUGCGGUUGACCACGGUGAAUGGGGAGGUCCGUCAUCAUGUGCAGCAACAUUAUGUGAAUGCGAUCGGGCUCUCUCGAAUUGUCUUCGGCGCUUUUAUUGUCCUCGAAAGCGUGCCGUUUGUGCUUCAUCACCUUUACGACUUUUGCAGAACAUUUUAAUGGACGUGUGAAACACGAAUGACAAAACAAUUGUUGACCUUAAAACGUUUGUAAAAAGAGAAUCGAAUAAAAUCCUGUGAAAAUAAAGACUAUAAGAAGAA